AUGGGUAGCAGUAGUUCUUCAGGGGAACUAAUUGCAGGCCGCCAUGCAUGUGCGGCGUGCCGGCACCAAAGAAAGAGGUGCGAAGACGAUUGCGUUAUGGCUCCUUACUUCACAAACAAGGAUGAAGAUUUUAAAGCAGUGCACAAAAUUUUUGGCGUUAGCAACAUGACAAAGUUGCUUAAGCAACUAGAUGACCAAAAUCAUAGGGGCACAGCCGUACAAUCUUUCAUGUGGGAAGCCUAUAUGUGGAAGCAAGACCCUGUGAACGGACCCCUAGGGAUGUACAGAAAAUUGGAGAUAGAGAAUGAACUGCUUAGGAACGCAUUGAAUGAAGAACAAAAGGCUCUGAAUUAUGGUUAUGCUAAUCAAAGUUUAGCAAUUGAUGGGUCUUCUAAUGGCACUUAUACUAAAUUAUUACAAGGGCAAGAGGCCACUGAAAUUUCACGGGAGCAACAAGUAUUAGGGCAAGGGAGAGGCUUCCAUCAUGGAGCUGCUUUGGCCAAGCAACAAGCACGAGACCAACAAGGAGUCGUUGGCCUCGAUUCUUCUGCAGGACAGUUUGGGAUGGUCGGCUUGAUGUCCACCCAAAGCAAAGAGCAUUAG